GAGUUCAUGUUACUUUUACCUCACUCCUGCCUCAGGAGAAUAUGAAACCAUUGUACUAAAAAACAACUUGGUGGGGGCUGAAAUCUGGGAUUUUUGUCUGGUUUGUUUGUGAGAAGAAAAUGGGUGUUGUUACUGUUGCUGAACUGAAGCCGAGUAUGUCUGGAAAGAGGUCUUUUCGUCAAAAUUCCAGCAGUAUCAGGCAUGCCACAGAAUGGCCUAUUUCUGAUGUUUCGAGUGAUCUUAUCGUCGAGGUCGGAGCAUCAAGCUUUGCACUUCACAAGUUCCCCCUCGUUUCUCGGAGUGGAAGAAUCGGGAAGGCGUUGAUUGACGCAAAGGAUGGGAGGAUUUCGCGCUUGAAUCUCAAUUCUAUUCCAGGUGGAGCAGAGGCAUUUGAGCUAGCUGCCAAGUUCUGCUAUGGGAUAAAUGUUGAGAUCACAUUAUCAAAUGUUGCAAUGUUACAAUGUGCAUCACAUUUCCUGGAAAUGACAGAAGAGGUUGCAGAGAAGAACCUGGAAGUUCGCACUGAAGCUUAUCUGAAGGACAUGGUAAUCCCGAACAUAUCGAGCUCGAUAUCGGUUCUUCACCGUUGUAAAAGUCUCUUGCCUGUAUCCGAAGAGAUCGGCCUUGUUAACAGGCUUAUCAGUGCAAUUGCCAAUAACGCCUGCAAAGAACAGCUCACUUCUGGCUUAAUGAAACUUGAUCACAAUUUUCCAUCGAAAGCUAUGCAGAACAUGGCACCAGAAACGCCAUCGGAUUGGUGGGGAAGGUCUCUGGUGGUUCUCAGUCUAGAUUUCUUCCAACGAGUGUUAUUAGCAGUGAAGUCAAAGGGUCUAAACCAUGAUCUGAUCAUAAAAAUUUUGAUAAAUUAUGCUCGGGAUUCAGUUCAAGAUUUGGUUGUCAGGGACCCUCACUUGGUAAAAGGAAUCCUGUUGGAUUUCGAGCUGCAAAAGAAACAAAGGGCAAUCGUCGAAGUCAUUGUUAGCUUGCUACCAACUCAAUCAAGGAGGAGUCUUGUUCCCACUGCAUUUCUCUCUAGUUUGUUGAAAACUGCAAUAGCCUCAUCAGCAUCCACUUCUUGCAAAUCUGAUUUAGAGAGGCGGAUCGGUCUGCAACUCGACCAGGCAAUUCUCGAAGACAUCCUAAUACCGGCCAAUAUGCACGGAAACAAUCAUACGGCCGCCUAUGAUACAGAGUUGAUCCUAAGGAUCUUCUCCAUCUUUUUGAACUUGGAUGAUGAUGAUGAGGAGGAGGAUAAUCCCUUGAGAGAUGAAAGUGACAUGGCAUAUGAUUUUGACAGCCAAAGAUCUCCCAAACAAAGUUCAAUCCUCAAAGUAUCCAAGUUAUUCGACACUUAUCUCGCAGAAGUCGCACUAGACCCAAACUUAUUGCCAUCAAAAUUCAUAGCACUUGCAGAGUCGCUUCCAGACCAUGCUCGUGUUGUUAGCGAUGGAUUAUACAACGCCGUCGAUAUAUUCCUAAAAGUUCAUCCAAACAUAAAGGAUUCCGAACGCUAUAGACUAUGCAAAACCAUAGACUGUCAGAAACUAUCUCAAGAAGCCUGUAGCCAUGCGGCGCAGAACGAAAGGUUACCGGUGCAAAUGGCUGUCCAAGUGUUAUAUUUCGAACAAAUCAGGCUUCGGAAUGCAAUGAGUGGAGGCGGCCACAAUCAGUUCUUCUUCGGAUCUACCAAUGGUCAUUUCCCUCAACGUUCGAGCAGCGGUGUAGGAAGCGGAGCCAUCUCGCCGAGAGACAACUAUGCAUCGGUGAGACGAGAGAACCGAGAGCUGAAACUCGAAGUCACGAGAAUGAGAAUGCGGCUAACCGACCUGGAAAAAGAUCACGUGUCGAUGAAACAAGAGUUUGUUAGACCCCAUCCCGCUAACAAGCUACUCAAAUCACUCACCAAGAAGCUAAGAAAGCUUCAUUCCUUGUUCAGGAUCAACAAUCUGAAGCCUGCUGGGAGUAAAGCGAAUUCGGAAUCUCGAUUCUCGUCCCGUAGGCGACGGCGUUACUCAGAAUCAUGACUAUUGGAAAAGGUACGGAUAACUGACAGAGUAUACAGAAAUUAUGUGCAGUGUGAGAUUUGAGUGAUAGAUUCUGGGGUUGAUUUGUUCAUUGAAAUCAUUUCCAUGACAUUUUGAAAACAGUCUCCAGGGAAUGUGAAGCACACAGUAAAAAUAUUUUCUUC